ACUAUGAUGCAUCUACUCUGGGAGUUCAUCCUGUCACUAGAUGUAAACUGUUAACUGACAUGAUGCCAGCAGAGGAUGAGAAGAUAAAUGAUGCUUCCACUGAGCUUGAUGAACUGUCAUCAAAUGGUGUAACGGUAUGGUGUCUGUCUGUCCAGGUGUUACAGUAGGGUGUCUGUUUGCCCAGGUGUAACGGUAUGGUGUCUGUCUGUCUGUCCAGGUGUUACAGUAGGGUGCCUGUCUGUCCAGGUGUUACAGUAGGAUGUCUGUCUGUCCAGGUGUUACAGUAGGGUGUCUUUCUGUCCAGGUGUUACAGUAGGGUGUCUGUCUGUCCAGGUGUAACGGUAUGGUGUCUUUCUGUCCAGGUGUUACAGUAGGUGUCUGUCUGUCCAGGUGUAACGGUAUGGUGUCUGUCUGUCCAGGUGUAAUGGUAUGGUGUCUGUCUGUCCAGGUGUAUCAGUAGGGUGUCUGUCUGUUCAGGUGUAAGGGUAGGGUGUCUGUCUGUCCAGGUGUAACAGUAGGGUGUCUGUCUGUCCAGGUGUCUUGUCUGUCUGUCCAGGUGUUACCGUAGGAUGUCUGUCUGUCCAGGUGUUACAGUAGGGUGUUUGUCUGUCCAGGUGUAACGUUAUGGUGUCUUGUCUGUCUGUCCAGGUGUAACAGUAGGAUAUCUGUCUGUCCAGGUCCCUCUCCCCUGGGUUCCCUCUCCUGCUCCCUGCAGCGUGCCGAGGCUAUGCUCAGAACCUCCCUGAACCCCAGCCUGAAGUGGCUGCUCCUACAGAACCGUCAGGAUAAAGAGUCCGGGGGAGAAGAAGGGAGCUUUGUGGCUGCUCACAAUCUGGUUUCCCGUUCUUCUGCUCACGUCUCAUGCCUACAGCAAGGCAUGCUGGGUAUGGCUGCCCAGAGGCCGCUGGUCAGGGGGGCAGACGCUCUUCAAGUCUGUGUGAGAGGCUCCUCUCCGGAGGGCUGCUUCAUCCAGCAGCGCUCCUCCCCGCCCCAGCAGGCCGCCUGCAGGGCUCUGUGGAGCCUGAUGGAGCAGCGCUCACAGCUGCUGUUUGUGCACGAGUACGUCAGGAGGGCCCACUCCGCUUCAGCCUAUGUGUCUAAACUGGCUCUGCUGGAAGAAUGCUUAGGAGGACCACAGUUCCCCCUGAAUCUGAAAACAUGCGGCUCCUACUGUCGUCAAAUGGUCCCCCUGGGCCAGGAGCUGAGGGUUCAUCUAAAACACUGGUGGUGUCUCUCAGAGAAGCUCCGCUCCAACCCCUUUGUGAGGCGGGCCCUGGCUCCAAACACCAACUUCCUCGUUGAAAUGAAACGCUCUCUACAUGCUUUGGCUCUUCAGGCGCUGGUUUUGAUGGAGAAUUGUGUACAUGCCAUUUUGUCCAGCCUUGCUCAAACAAACAUUGAAGCAAUUGCAAGAGAGAUGCUGGAAGAUGUUCUAUCUGGUACAGCGCUUUAUAACCAGGUGGUGGAAGAGUACAGUGACCUCAACAGAACCAACCCGUGGGAGUGUAGGCUGUUGCAGAGGAUGUGUUAUUCUGGUCUUCCUGUCCCUCAGUCGGUCCUCCACAGCGUGUCUCACCCGGCGGCGUUCCAGGUCAAAGAGCUGCUCUCGGUCCUCGCCAUACAUCAUGCUCAUACGGCGGCUGAGGAGAUGCACCGUUGGGCCGCUGAGCACUACGGCCCAGAGGUCCAAUCCCAUCACGGAAACCCCCGGCCUUCUCAGGCCCGUCUUUGUUCCCAGCGAUCCGUGACUCCUGAAUGGACCUGGGAACGUCUGGAGCACACCUACCUCCCGCCCCCCGGUUCACCCCCUCUGCUCCCCUCCCCCCCGUCCGCCCUCAUCGUGACACCGUCAUCAGGAAGAUCUUUUUCACAUUCCUCUCAGUAUAGUUUGUCUGAGGGCCAAUCAGGAAGCCAAAGCAGAGCUGAGCCCGCCCCCCGGCGUCGACACGCUGGACCUCAGAGUGCUCUGGGAUCUUCAGCCCCAGAGUCCACUCUGGGACAACGUGCCCCAGGCCAAAGGAAUCCUGGAGGCGGUCCGGGCGUCCGAGUGGAACCUGACCUGUACCCAGCGGCCUGUCACUGUGCUGUGGGGCUACUCUCGGCAUUCUGCAAGGAGGACCGGUUCUCCCUUGAGCUUCUGUUCCAGGCCAUGUUGUCCUCCGGUGAUCGGCUCUCACCCCUGGGGCCACACACAUCCAGGCCAGACUACGUGGCCUCGGCAUCCUGCCCUCCAGUGCAGAGGACACGAGAGGAGGGGGGGGCAACAUGUAGACGGAUGGACUCAGUUGUCUCCCAUGAAUACCGGACAGAGGUUAGACCGGCACCAGACUGGUGGUUGGGCCAGGAACCAAGCUCGGAGCGAGUCCUGCAGGAUCCCAUCGAACCCGGACCGUCGUUAGGCCCAGAGAGUCUAGCCAGAUCUGGAGCCGUGUGUCCGACAGCGCUGGAGGAUAAGGAGCCGUUCCACCGCUCCCGCUCAGUGAAGUGGUUGGACCUCAGUCACUCCUUGGUGUGUGCAGAACUGUUUGCAGUGUACCAAACUCUGCUGUGGAGAGCCUGUGGACAAGCACUGUGGCAGAACCUUCACUUUCCUCCAGGAGGCGCCGCAGGCAGCCUGAAUCUGUGGAGUGAUCAUCAGAAACGUCGACUCCUGCACACAUUGAGACAUGCUUCCACAACAGAUUUGGUUCCUCUGGAAUGCAGGGCCAUGCUGGAGAAGUUCGGCCAAUGUUUAUUAAUCCUCAACACGCACGCACACUGGGAUCAAGUGUUGUGCGGUUCUUUAGGCUCAGCUCUCAAAGAUAAAUGUCUUCCUGGGACCACCGGAGAAAGGCCGCUCCUGAUGACAUCACAGGAGCAGAAUGGCAGCCUGGUGAUGACAUCACAGGAGCAGGGGGGAAGCAUGGUGAUGACAUCACAGGAGCAGGGGGGCAUGACGGCGACAGUGAAGCACUUGUUACAGCUCUCCCCUCCUCUGCUCUCUGCUGUCCGCUGUCACCUCUCGGCUGAGGCCACAGAAACAGGUGGGGGGGGCCCGUCCAGCCGGGCUCUCUGCAGAGCCACGGCCCACCUGGCGGUGGCGGCGGGGCAGGCCAGCCUGCUCUGGGUGAUGUCCAAGUCGCACCAGUUCCUGUCUUCAUGGAGCCUGGACAAGUUUCUCCUCAUCACGCAGGGGGACUUAAAGGUUCUACGUGUGUCUUUAGAAAGGCUUUUACAACAAAUGGAGACCCUGAUGGUUGAGGGAGCCCCUCAUCUCUACCGUCACCACCGAGUCCUCUUGAGACGGCAGAUUGUCGCCGUACAGAGCUGUGUCUCUGAGCUGCAGGCGUUCUCUUCCAUGGCUUUGAAGAUUUUCUCCUGUGGCUGCAAGCAGAUAUCAGGGGAGCUGUUUGAGCAGAGCAUGCCCUCCGCCAAACACUGGAGACUGAACUAUAGAACAGAAUUUCCCAGCAGCCCCAGCGAAUACAUGUUGUUUGCAGCUCAGAGUGUGAUUGGUCAGGUCCUGGAGGGCGUGGCUCCGCUGUCAGAUGACGCCCGCGUCCAGACCCUCAGCAUCACCAUGACGGCCUUCGUGGAGGCCUGGAUGGAGCACAUCCUCAAACACAAGAUCAGGUUCAGCGUCCAGGGAGCGCUCCAGCUGAAGCAGGACUUUGACUGCAUCAGAGGAUUCCUUCAGUCCGACGAGUUCAGUCCAUCAGCUGACCUUCUCCACCUCCGGGUAUUCCAGCAGAUGGACUCAGCAGUCAUCUGUCUACUACAGCAGCCUCAGCCAAAGUCUUAUCUCCAGUCCCGCUGCUGGGAGCCCUUCAGACGAUGCUGCCCGACCACACGCAGUGGCAGUAGCAUCGAUGUGGCCAUAGGGGCCAGUAUAACCAACCUAGAGAACAUGGAAGGGGAGGUGUUGACCCAUUCCAGCUCCUCCCCCCUGACCCCCGUCGCCCCCCAAGCCCCUCCCCUCUCUCCCAGCCAGACUUACCUCGCUCCCAGUUUAGCUUUAGGCGCGGUUCAGCAGGAAUGGUUAGACUUGAGAAUCCACAACAGCGUCUCCCGAUGGCGGCUACCAGGACUGCAGUGCCUCUCCAAAUCCGAACACUAAAUUAGCAGCCUGUCCAAAAUCCCCCCCCCCCCAAUAAAUACCUCAUGUCUUGGUGUUGCAGAAAAUA